AUGGCUCAAAAUGGAAAUAAUUCUAAGCAAACAUGUCAAGUAGCACCUGAUUUACCAUCACUUAUGGUUAUUUGUGGUAUAUUUGCAGUUUUUUUUUUAAGUGCAGCAUAUGGUUUUUUAAACAUGAAUUCUUCAAUAAGAAAAUAUCAAAGUGAUGUAUCUGAAACAACGUCGAAAAUUCUUAUUGGUUUUAUUAGUUUUAUUUUUGGUGCACUUACAAUUAUUUUCUUUACUAUCAAACAAAUUCGAGUUUAUGUAUCCUAUUCAAAAGGUGUUGAAUUUAAUAAUAAAUCAGUAUACAAUUAUUGUGAACCGACAAUUAUGCGUGCUGCUUUAGCUAUGAUUAUUCUUACAUAUAUCAAUAUGCUUGUAUUUAUUGGCAUUUUUGUAUUUAUUAUUGUUCAUACACGAAAUAAACUACAUGAAGGAAAAGAAGCAGAUAUUGAAAAUGUGGUUGAUAAUAUGAGUUAUAGAUUUUACGAAGUAACACAGCGAAAAUAA